AUGUCGAAGCCUUUCGAUCCCGAGACCGCGGAGAACUUGGACGAUAUGGAGAAGCAGUUUGCCGUCAAGGCCGUGGAGCACUUGAUGACAUACUGGGCGAUCCUCGAGAAGGUCCGCGGCUCGCAGCUUCGUCUGACCAAGAUGGACGACGAGAUCUACGAGUCCUUCAUGAAGGAGUUCCCGGACUUCGACCCCGCCGAGACGCUGAACGAGGACACGAUGAAGAGCAAGGAGGGCAAGGAGAAGUGGCGCAACUGGAUGAACCAGUACGAGAAGACGGUCGCCGACUUCAACUUCGGAACUAUGCUCCGGUCCAACCCCAAGUUCGAGUACGACCAGGAGACGACCAUCUUCGCUAUGCGCAUGCAGUUCUACGCGAUCGAGAUCGCCAGAAACCGCGCUGGACUCAACGACUGGAUCUAUGAGAAGGCACAGAAGGCGAGCUCCUAG